AUGUAUGCAUCGCUUCCUGUUGUGGCGGAUGGUGAGUUCACAGUGGGGAUGGAAUUCAAUUCAAGAGAGACAGUAAUCAAGGCAAUAAAAGAUUAUACCAUCCGGAGAGGUGUAGACUAUCAGGUAUAUGAGUUGGAACCGACGACAUUCUAUGCCAAGUGUACAAAAUAUGGCAAUGGUUGUGACUGGUUGAUCAGGGUUACCAAAAUGCAGAAGAAGUACUCCUGGGAGAUAAGGAGGUACAAUGGAAGUCACACUUGUACCAGGUCUACUAUUUCUCAAGACCAUUCGAAGCUGGAUUCCAAGACAGUUGCAGAAGCAAUUAAGCCGUUGGUAGAGGUUGACGCAUCUAUAAAGGUGAAAUCAGUCAUUGCUGAAGUCCAGUCAAAGUUUAACUACACCAUCAGUUAUCGCAAGGCUUGGUUAGCAAAGCAGCAGGCGAUGGAAUCAAUUUUCGGAGGUUGGGAAGCAUCAUAUGAAGCUUUGCCCAUAUGGUUUGAGGCCAUGUGUCACAAGGAGCCAUCAGCAGUGGUUCACUUUGAAAUAAUGCCUGCUUACCAGGGGGAUGAUUUGGUUCCUGAUAUAUGUGUAAUGCAUAGAAUCUUCUGGAGUUAUUACCCUUGUAUAAGGGCCUUUAGACACUGCAAGCCAGUGGUGCAGGUGGACGGGACUCAUUUGUAUGGAAAAUACAAGGGUUUUUUAUUGGUUGCAGUCUCACAAGAUGGUAAUAACAACAUCGUGCCUAUUGCAUUUGCCAUAGUGGAGGGAGAGACUUCUGAUGCAUGGUCAGCUAUUGAUCGAAGUAAUGGGGCUUGGUCUCCUCCUAGAGCGUUCCAUAUGUUUUGUAUCCAGCAUAUUGAGUCUAACUUCUUGAGGAAGUUCAAGGCACCUUACUUGCAGAAGCUUAUCAUCAACAUUGGAUACUCGAGGACGAUUAGGGAGUACCGGAUGCGCUAUGAACGAUUAAAAGAACAGGGUGAGGCUUAUACCAACUGGCUUGAUCGGAUCCCACGUGAGCAGUAUGCUUUGGCAUUUGAUGGUGGAUACCGAUGGGGUCAUAUGACCACCAAUCUUGUGAAGUGCAUCAACUCCGUCUUAAAGGGUGCAAGCAAUCUCCCGGUCACUGCGCUUGUUAAGGCUACAUUUUACAGACUAAAUGAGUUGUUCACUAGGAAAAGAGCCGAGGCUGAAACCCGAAUUAAUGUUGGACUUGUGUUCUCUGAGAUGGUGACCUCCAAGCUGCAUACAAAUCAACGAGCAUCGGGUAACAUACAGGUUAGCUGUUUUGAUAGAGAAAAUGAAAUCUUUGAGGUACGCGAGAUGCCGAGUGGGGUUGAGUAUGCAGUUGGCAUACGCCACCAUCGUUGCGAUUGUGGUGAAUUCCAGGUUGAUCGAAUUCCGUGUCGACAUGUGUUUGCUUGUUCUGCAAAUCAGCGGUUGGAUUGGCAAGUGUACGUUCAUGAUUUAUACAAGAUGGACCAAGUUCGAAAAACAUACAGGACUAGGUUUAGACCAAUGAAAAAUCCUACAAGGUGGCCUGCUUAUCAUGGACCUCGAUUCGUUGAAAACCCGUUCCUCAGACGUGUAGCCAAAUGUCGUCCGAAGAUGACCCGCUUCUUGAAUGAGAUGGACACUCGUAUGUUGUGUCGCCCUAGGCGAUGCAAGCAAUGCAGUGCCGAAGGCCAUAGUCAUAGUAGAUGUCGUCAAAGGGGUGGACCAAGUGCAGGUCCAGCCGAAGAGUAG